GCAGCUGCUUUCUUAUAAGCAGGAAGUCUUGGUAAUUUCACUACCUUAUUGGAGCAAAUUCUUAAUAAAAUAAUGUAUGCAACAAUCGAAUGCACUGAUUGGCAAACUGUGCUGUCACUCUUUAUAUCGUCGUGCUUCCAUCUGAAUUGUAUUGGUACUGUUGGGGAAGUGGAUAAGGAAUACUUUCCCAUAUUAUAUGUCAAUAAAAAUAUAAAUAUAAAAUAAUAAACACGUAGCUUACUAAGACAUAGAUAAAGAUACAGACAGAUCAUGGAUUCCGAGAGAACUAGAUUUGUUUUUGCUCCUCCGCCGUCUCUAUGCAGAAGGGCAGGGUCGAUUAUGUGGCUGCUGGCUUAUCUUGGACUCUGUGGAUGUGUUACGUUUGGCCCACACAAAAUGGAAGAAGACUAUGAAGAUGCCCCGAUUAAUAAGACAUGGGUUUUAGCACCAAAGGUCCAUGAAAAUGAUGUCACCCUUAUUCUGAAUAAAUUACUCCAAGGAUAUGAUAACAAACUCAGACCAGAUAUUGGAGGCAAGCCAACAAUAAUUGAAACUGGUGUAUAUGUAAACAGUAUUGGACCUGUUGAUCCUAUAAAUAUGGAAUAUACGAUUGACAUAUUCUUUGCCCAAACAUGGUAUGACAGCCGACUGAAGUUCAAUAGUUCUAUGAAAGUGCUCAUGUUGAAUAGCAAUAUGGUGGGCAAGAUCUGGAUCCCAGAUACAUUUUUUCGAAACUCAAGGAAAUCAGAUGCCCACUGGAUAACAACACCUAACCGCCUACUUCGACUGUGGAAAGACGGGAGGGUCCUGUACACAUUAAGGUUGACUAUUAAUGCAGAAUGCUACCUUAACCUGCAUGACUUUCCUAUGGAUGAGCAUUCCUGUCCACUGGAGUUUUCAAGCUAUGGGUAUCCAAAAAAUGAAAUUCUCUAUAGAUGGAAAAGAAACUCUAUAGAAGUUGCAGAUCAAAGAAACUGGCGACUAUACCAAUUUUCAUUUGUAGGGUUACGAAAUACUUCGGAAGUUGCACGCAUUCAGUCCGGAGAUUAUAUAAUCAUGACAGUAUUUUUUGAUCUAAGUAGACGAAUGGGCUACUUUACCAUUCAAACAUAUAUUCCUUGCAUCCUGAUAGUUGUUCUUUCAUGGGUGUCAUUCUGGAUUAACAAAGAUGCGGUGCCAGCCAGGACAUCAUUAGGUAUUACUACAGUAUUGACAAUGACAACACUGAGCACUAUUUCGAGGAAGUCCUUGCCAAAGGUGUCUUAUGUGACAGCUAUGGACCUCUUUGUAUCAGUGUGCUUCAUCUUUACAUUUGCUGCAUUGAUGGAGUAUGGGACCUUGCAUUACUUCACUAGCAACAGGAAGCCAAAGAAAGACCAGGCAAAGAAGUCAAACCAGGCGCCUCCAAAGUCAUCUGUCAUAGAUAUCCGACCGAGAUCAACGCUACUUCAGGUGAACAACAUGGCCUACUUUCAAGAACAAGAUGAUUAUUCAUGUGAGUGUCUUGAUGGGAAGGAUUGCUCCAGCUUCUUCUGCUGUUUUGAAGACUGCCGCACAGGAGCUUGGAGAGAAGGGAGAGCGCAUGUCCGGGUUUCAAAAAUUGAUACCUAUGCCAGGAUCUUCUUUCCUACUGCAUUCGGUUUGUUUAAUCUUGUUUACUGGGUUGGGUAUCUAUACCUAUAAAACCAGCAAUUGUGAAAUAAAGGUUAGUGAAUAUACACCUGAAGGUGAUGUUAGCUAGUCCAAGAUUAGUGCUCGGCUCUGAGGAUGUACAUUAGAUUCUUUCUACACGAAUAUAACAAACAAGACCUGAACACACACACCUCUUCUCAAAGCAUUUCUCUAACUUAGUAUGUUUUUUACUUUUGCUGUAGAGAUCAUUUUAUCACCUCAAAAGACAAUUUUAUCCAAAUUACACUGUGGGUUCCAAAUGAAUGACAAAAAUCAUGUCAUUCACUUGUGAAAUAGUACGAUAGUAAAAUGCUUUCACUUUUAUUUUCUUGUCUUAUAAUUAUCUUGUCUAUUGGUCUGUUAAAAAAAAGAUAAGAAGGGUUAUGUUAUUUGACUAAUACAAUAGAGAACAGAUAAGCAUAGCGUAUAAUAAAAAUAUUGAUAUUAAGUUUUGAGAAAAAAAGCUUUAUGAGAAUUUACAGAAAGGCAAUCAAACAGUAUCAACUGCACUUUCAGAACAAACUUCAAUAUUCGUGUUCAUUUUUGAGUUGAUACUUUUUUUUGUUUGUUUGAUUUGUUUUUGCUUUAGAUAAAUAAUACUGAUACAUUCAUGGAAUUAAGGUAAACUAUAAAUGUAGAAUACAGAACAGAAUACAAGAUAGGUUUUUCAUCAUGGACACUUUCAUAGAACUACAGUAAAAACUGUGAAUGAGGUCAUGUGAAUAUUAUUAUUAAUGAGUGAUUUAGCAGACACUUUUGUCCAAAACGACUUACAGAGAUUAGGGGGUGAACUAUGCAUCAACAACUAGGACCUUGGUUUUACAUCUCAUCCGAAGGAACGAGUGCAAGGAGGUUAAGUGACUUGCACAGUCACACACAGGGAUUAGAACCGGGUACCUCCUGGUAUCAAGCCCUUUUCUUUAUGUAUAUGUGUUUGUGUGUGUGUGUGUGUGUGUGUGUGUGAUUGCUUUCUGGAAAGGCUUCCUGCUGCUGUAUCAACUGGUGUUUUAAUUAACUUAUGUCUUGUUUAAAAAUAGAAUAUAGGGUUCUGACACAUUGCAAAGUAAGUAUAUUCAAAUUUACUAGCAUAGGGCACGCUGGCAUGUGGCCAGUAUGAAUACUAUCAUCCUACAGCACAUGAAAUCUUGACAUUGGAUUUCCAGUGUUUCAAUUUCAGUUGCACUGUACGUGUCAUUUCAAUUGCCAAUUUUUUAGAUGUGCAAGAAAGUCAAACUUCUGUUUGAAUACAAUCUCUGGAACAAUAUCCUUGAAAUGUUAAAUGUUAAACAAAGAACAAAAUGCAUAACUAUAUACUGUGAUUCUUGAUUAACUUGCAAACCUCAGGCCUUGGAUAUUCAGAUACACUGGCGUGGAUUUCCUCUGCAGUUUAUAAAAUGUAUUUAUAUUUUUAUACAUGUGGGUAGAAGAAAAAUAUACUCAAUAGUAGAAUUAAACAAACAAAUCAUUUUAGCAAUAUAGAUAUGUUGGAUUAGCCUACAAUUUUUUGAUAGAAAGCAGCAUUAAGCUAACAUUUUACAUGUGUAAAAUUGACAGCUAUAUAUAUAUAUUACAGCCUACCUUUGCAAUAUAUUUAACUGGGUAUCAAUCUUUUAAUACCAAUAAGAUUCAAACUAGAAAGCUGGAGCAACUGUAAUAUAUGGCAUUUUAGAUGUGAAAAAUACCUUAAAUGCCUCGUUUGAUGAUUAUAGUUGGUUGGGAUACACAAAUACAACUUUAUAUUUACUCACAUGUAGUUCUGGGUGUUACAUCGUUGUUUGUCAAACCUUGAUACAAUAAAAAAAUAAUAAAAAAAUACUCAAUUCCUAGAGGCCUGUAGCUGCAUGCACAGAAUGACAUCGGAUUUGCUUGUUUCUGAGCAACAAAGAAUCAGAAUUGAGCUGCAGCAACACAUCCAUUUUUAAGUUACUGUGGUGCUGUGUAGAUAGAAAAGAACACAGACAAAGACAUUAAUAAUGACCUAAUUGCAGCUACAGUUACAAUGGAAAGCUCUAAAAAAAAAAACAGGAUGUUUUUUAGAACAGAAUGUUGGAAAUGCAUUCAAUGAGAUGAAACCUACCAACUUACAAACUUGUUCUUUAAGGUGCCUGUUAAAGGGUGUUUAUUACUGGCCUGUAUGUUACACAGUACUUAUGGGUUUGCAUAUUCUUUUAAAAUACAUUGGAAUUAGGUUGGAUCAAUCAAUUUGAUGAGCUUAACAAAACAAUUGCACCUUGCUUUGUAGAAGCAAAACUGUGAUUACAAUGGAAAUGGAUCCUAAUUGUAUUGUGGAUUAAAAUACCUGAAUUCCACUACUGUUGAUGCUGCUGGAUGUAUUGAUUGAUUGAGUAUUACAAAAUAAACUAUAUGCCAUAUAUAUCCUGGAUACAACUGAAAAUAAGAUUUCAAUAAGAUUUAUUGGGCACCACUAUCUCAAACAGUGAAUGCAAGUCUGUUUUGUGUAUUUGUAUCUGCUAAGGUAUGUAAAAAACCAAGGAGGACCCUGUCUAGAAAUGGUGUUUGUAAUUAGAUCUACCACUUUUCACUUUAUUUAAAUAAGGUCCCUUACUACAUACUAGAUAUGUCUUAAUGUAUAAUUGUGAUGUUAUUGUGUGCAGUGUGUUUUGUUCAGUUAGAUAUCUCCUGUGAGUGCCAGUCACUUGGAUAAUAUAAUUCGAAAAACUGCAUUCUAAACAUUGGCAUACAACAAAUGUAGUGCCCAUUCAUUGAAAACCAACAAAAUAGGAAAUAAUGCAUGUCUCUUUUACUGUUAGUGUGCUUUACUAAGACAUUUAAAUCCUUGCUUUCAUGUGGUUUUGGUGUGUGUCAACAGUGCCUGUUAGUUUAAAUAGACAGUUAAUAACAAAUUUAACAAUUCAUAUAAUUCAAUUAAUAGAAUGUUACAUAUUUAAAAUGAUGGUUGCUUUGCACCCACAAGUUGCUACAUAUUGUAUAAAUAAAAAUAAAUAAAUAACAAAAAAA